UCACAUGUAAAGGCUUGAGACGGAAACUUAACACCCACUGCUGACAAGCCCAAUCAGAGUUUACUGUUGCUGCUUGUAAUCUGUCUGUUAUUGGAGCAAAGCGACUUUCAGACGCCAUCAUUAUGCUUAUUACUUCUAGCUUCGACUUCCACGAAAACAUUUUGGGUUUUGUGCGUAAACUUGGUUGAAGCACCUUCGCGCUGCAGUUCGAUCAGCCAUGGGAGGAAACCGCAGGGGCGCAACUGGAUCCGACAAGGAUUUUACUUUUGUCAGCUCAGUUGUGAAAUACCUGCUGUUCUUUUUUAAUUUAAUAUUCUGGGUCAUCUCGCUGGUAAUGGUGGCAGUCGGCGUUUACGCCCGUACGGUAAAGUAUGCAGAGGCAACCCUGGCAUCUCUGUCUGUGGAUCCCGCCGUUAUGCUGAUGGUGGUGGGAGUCCUGAUGUUCCUAAUCACCUUCUGUGGCUGCGUGGGUUCGCUGCGAGAAAACAUCUGCCUCCUGCAAACAUUCUGUAUCUCUUUGGUGGUGAUUUUCAUCAUCCAGCUGGCUGCUGGUGUUCUGGGCUUCAUCUUUUCAAAUAAGGCAAGAGAAAAGGUAACAGAAGUGAUCAAUGAUGCAAUCGUUCACUACAGAGAUGAUGUUGAUUUGCAAAACCUUAUAGACUUCGGGCAAGAAGAGUUUAGAUGCUGUGGUGCUACAACAUACCUUGAUUGGUCCAAUAACAUCUACUUUGACUGUAACCAGUCCAACCCCAGCAGAGAGCGCUGCUCCGUUCCCUUCUCCUGUUGCAUCCUCUCUAGAAACGAGAGUGUAGUCAACACCAUGUGUGGCCAAGGCAUGCAAGAACGUGAAUUCGGUGAAGCUGGCAAAGAAAUUCACACCAAUGGCUGCAUAGACAUGCUGGUUGACUUUAUCCACAGCAACAUGUUCAUACUGGGCGGCAUUGCACUGGGACUGGCAAUACCAGAGCUGGUGGGCAUGUUUUUGUCUCAGAUUCUGAUCAAUCAGAUCAAAGACCAGAUUGAACUGCAACAAUACAACCUCAAGCACAGCGCUGACCCAUGGAACUGAUCCUGGAUCAGAUUUUUGCCAUAGUUAGCAACUCAUAGGGACUCUGUACAAACAAGCUUGUGUUUGAAGAUGUGACAUUUUGCUUCCAUCUUCUGGACAGUCAAUGAACUUGCAUUUAUCACACUGCACUGAUCAAACUUUUGUUUUCAGUGAGAAACAAAAAGGUAUUAAUUUUAUUAUAUAUUGUAAAUAUCUGAUAAUUGUUUGUGAUUUCAGCAUUUAAGAGUAUUUGAUUUGUUUAUAGUUAGAAAUCAUAUUUAGUUGACUUCUUUAAUACAUCUGAGAUGUUAUGUUUUCCAUUCUGUUAUUUUUUCUUUUUAUUACAACAUAUAGCAUCUUGUUAUCUGUCAUAAUGAAUAUAAAUAUUUCAACUCUACACUUUGGAGAUGUUUUGUUCCGUGAAGGGAAUGUUGUUCUAUGGCUCUAAUGAAUAAUGCCUACAAGAAAUAUAAAGUCUGUACAUGUAAUUUGAAACAUGAGCAAAGCAAAUUCACAUUAGCAAAUCACAUUUUUACAUCUUACAUUUCCUUUUUACUAUGUUCCAAAAGGAGUAGGGGAAAAUAAAAACUGUGAUACAGAUUCAAACACCACUGAACGGCUUGCACUCUUUGUAAUUUUAUCAUUUUUAGUUUUAUUUAGAAAACAAAUAAAUGUUCAUAUGUUUUUCAACAGGGAUAGUUGCAUAUUCCCAUUCGUUUUCUUAUGAUUUAACAGCAUAUAAUUUAUUUUCUUCACUUUUGAAGGGACUGGAUUAUUUUUUUUUAUUUUUAUUUUUUAAUCAAACCAGUAAAAGCUCAUUAAAUUCCAACCCGACGUUAAAAUGUUAAAUUUUCUUCUUUUUCUGCUUUAGUUGAAUUUUUUUCUGUUCAGUUUGGUGUUUAUUCUACUAUUGGUGUUCAUAUUGUUGUGGUCACUUUUUAUUGUCAGCCAACUGACGUGUGAACUGCUACAGGAUAACAAAGCUAUGCUUUUUGUACACACUGCAGCUCCAUAUAGACGCUUAUUAAAACACACUUCCCUAAU